ACGCCAACGAGGCCAAGGCGGCUAUAUGACCCCUCUCUGGGAUGGUUUCUAACCAACGGACUGGCGAUAAACAGGACAGAAAUCCAAUCCCACGAGUAAAGAUUUUUAGCGAACUCUGCUAGGCAUUUCAUCUCGGCCUGAUUACGUUUCCCGAGCCGCAACUUCCAGUUCAUCCACUUCCCGGCUUUCCAAUAGUGUCAGGGGUUAAGACGCCGAGUCUCGAGAUAUAUAUAGAGGGUCUUCCCCUCAACUCGCCUUUCAAUCUCAUACCCUCUAGUAUUCCCGCAAUCUCUUUAGUUCACGACUAUAAAGUAUUUUAUACAUUUAAAUAAGAGUUCGGUCAUCCAUUAAGAUGGAUUAUAAAUUCAAGCCCUAUGUUCCCAUGCAACAUCAGCAGCAAGCUACGCAGAGACAGCAAAAGCGCUCAGCAUCACGCUCGACACUUGCUCCGACAAGCACUACAAAUGUUGGCGGUCUCCUUCUACCGUCCUCGGUUGCUGGCCAUGGAUAUUCUCGGGCUGAAGAUAAAUUUAUUCCACCUAUAAUCUCGACUAGAGAUGAAAACCCUUCUUCGAAUUUUCCUACUCCAGAGGAAUGCUUGGGUUUCUGUCCACCUACCUCAGGAAAUCCAGUAGCUCACACGGACUUCGCUAUCGACUUCGCUAUCAACUUCCAAGACACCAGCUGGGAACCUAGUUGCCAAGAUUAUGGCUAUAAAGGUGAUGAGCUAAGAAAUAUGCUUCUGGCGGCAAUUGCCACAAGGCCUUUAACCUCCGAGCUGAAUAUUGAGCGAGAAGCUUAUAAUAUCAACACCUCUGAAGAAGAGAGCAAUACUGAGAUCAGUUCUGCCGAGCACACUUGGUCACCAGAUACGAAAACCACUCCAUCAACUGCCUCGAGCAUCAGUACACCUUCAGCAACCUCGCCACAUUGCCAAAAACAAAUUUGCAGAAAUCAAGAUGCCUUUAUUGACAGCAAUGACAGCAUGCAAGAUACCAGCCCCCAGAUAGCUGACUUAGAUUUAUCUGAUGCUAUGUCCCACGCUGCGCUAUCUGGAGAGAACCAUCCAGUAUUAGAGUCCCAGAAGCCCUCAUCCUCUACCCCAGGCAACAGGCGAGUCAGCCUGGAUGAUAUGAAGUUGCGCGCCGUUGCUGCAGCAGCAAAUAGUAUGCUGCCUGGCACCACGGAAUCCACCAUCACAACAGAGCCCACCAUCACAACAGAGCCCACCAUCACAACAGAGCCCACCAUCACAACAGAGCCCACCAUCACAACGGAGCCCAGCUCGGUCAUAUCCUCAUCCAUAAAACGUCCGUUUUCAGAGGGCGGCGCAAGUAAUAACUCUCAGCUCUCUAGCUCAGAUGUCUGCCACUUAUCGAAGCGACUAAAGCUCACAUCAGCGUCAGUUGAGAAGGCUAUGUCGGCGCUGCUUGAUGCCCAGAAGACGAUCUCCAGCAUAGGAGCCGAGUUGUACCAGAACCAACCAGACAGCCUAAUGCCAUAUGUCAGUGCUCAGUCUAUAGCUAACACCAUAGAGGUGGCGGCGGAUACAGUGGGUGGUGACAGCAGCGAUGAUAGCAGCAAUGGUCUCAGUUAUGAUGACAAUGAGAGCGAAAUAGAGGUCACUACCUCACAACCGCGACGUUCCCAGCAGAGAAGCACGCAACGUCGCAGGUGGACAAAGAAGGAAGAGAAGCUCCUUCGAGCGCUCAAGGCCACCCAGAAGAGGAACGCAGGCAGACCAUCUGAUUAUCAGAUUGCAAACAAAUUAGAUCGCACAGAGAGCGGCGUAAAGCAACAUUGGGACAUUAUGUUGCAAAGGGAGCAGAAAGAUAGAGAGAAGUAUUAAUUAGAGGGUAAAUUAAUAC